CACCGCCACCAAUUCGCUCGCGCGCUAAAAGGAGAGAAGAUGGCGGCGCGUGGAGGCUUCGGCUGAGGUUGAGGGGGGAGAAUCCGCUCGGAGAUCCUCCCCUUCCCCUUCUUCCUACCUCCUCGUCGUCUUCUUCUUCUUCGUCGUGGCUAGGCCUAAGCCUGUCACAAUUCUGGACGACAAACUACAUACCUUCUACGGAAGGCUUUUUUAAUUGAUUCAGGUAGCCAUGGUGAAGCUGGCUAACCCACUGUACACGGCAUGGAUUCUGGACGCCAUCCGAAAGGUCAAAAGGCAGAAACAACGUCCAUCGGAGGAGCGUAUCUGUCAUGCCGUGCAGGGUGCCCAUGGGCUUGCACCUCUCACGGUGCGUGAGCAGUUGGAGCUGAGCGUCAAGGACCGCACGGUCCUCCGUGUCCUCAGCAAGGGCCGCACCUCCUACCGUGACCCCAGCCGGCCCGGCAGGGCAACGGCCGUGUUGCCUGACCGCCCCGGCGCUGUCGCCGGCGGUGGUGGCGGCGGUGGUGAGCAGAGGAACGGUGGUGGUGGUGGUGGUUUGGCUUCCAACGUUGGAGGGCAUGGGCUCACCACCACCACCACCACCUUCUCCCCCUCUUCCCUCCCAUCGUCGCCGUCGGCGGCCGUCCCUCCCGCUCCCGCUCCCCCUUCAUCUUCACUCUCCUGGUACGGCAACAACACCAGCCAACAACAGCAACAGCAACAACAGCAGCAGCAGCAGCAACAGCAGCAGCAGCACCGCCAACAUCUCCAGCCGCAGCAUCGCCAGCAGCAGCAGCAGCAGCAGCCGCCGGGCUGCGUCAUCGUCGCCGGCCAGGCCGGCGCUCGCCUCCAGCACCCCACCGGCUCGGAGUGGGUUCAGCUCCUGGUCAAGGCCGCGUUGGCCCUCAAGGGCGGCGGCGUCGGCGGUGUCGGCGUCGGUGUCGCCGGCGUCGGCGGAGUCGGCGGCGGCCGCAGGAGAUGCCGGGGGAUGUUUGGCGACAGCGGCGGCGUCGGCGUCGGCGGCCCCCCGUCGUCCAGGCGAAGCCUGGCGCAGGCCCGGGGAGGAGGAGGAGGAGGAGGAGGAGGAGGCGACGGAGCAGCAGCAGCAGCAGCGGCAGCGGCAGCAGCGGCGGCACGGGGAGGUGCUGGCGUGUCGGAUUCCAGCGCGGCCCUGCCCGGCGGCCCUCCGUCGUCCAGACGAAGCCUCACGCAGGCCCGAGGAGGAGGAGGAGGAGCGGCGGCAUUGGCGUUGGCAGGCGGCGGCGGCGGCGUCUCCCUGCGCGAGAUGGAGCGUUACCUGCGGUCGACCCCGGCCCUCGGGUGCCUGUCGGCCACGGCGUCGUUCCAGCACCAGCUGCGGCUGGCGGCUCGCCGGGCAGUGACGGCCGGCCUCCUCCUCAAGGACGGGCCCCUGUACAGCCCCACGGCGGCGGCGUCGGCGUCGGCGUCGGCGCUGCCGCCGGCGGUGUCGGCGUCGGCGGCGUCCAACGCGCGGUUCGCCCGGACGGGGUUCACGCCGUGCAGGGAGUCGGUCAAGGGCGGAGCGGCGGGUGGAGGUGGUGGAGUGUGGAGGACUGCGAGAGGCGGUGGUGUUGGUGGUGGUGUUGGUGGUGGUGGAGGUGGAGGCGAUGGGCUGUUGUCCAGCUUGCCACCUGUCUCUCUACUGCCUCACGAGCGGAACAAGGAGUUUGCUACACCACUGCUGGUCUGCUGCUUCUGUUUGGGGUCCUCUGACCGGAACCGGAACCGCGAACCGGAAUUCCUCCUCUCCUGUGCAGACUGCGGGAAUAGCGGCCACCCCUCCUGCCUGAAGCUGUCUGCUGAGCUGGGCCUCAGGGUGCGUCGCCUUCCCUGGCAGUGCUUCGACUGCAAGACCUGCAGUGUGUGCCGUGACACGGGGAGCAACUCGGAGAACAUGCUGUUCUGUGACUCCUGUGACCGCGGGUUUCACAUGCAGUGUUGUGAUCCUCCAAUACUCCGCAUGCCCAAGGGCCAAUGGAUCUGCCAGUUCUGCUGCCCCCGGGGUCGCGGAACCCUCGGGGUCGUAGGUCGCGGCGGGGUCACGGCCGGGGCUGGGGGUCGCGGCGGGGUCACCGUGGGGGUUGCCCCCGGGGCCUCUUCGCGGCGGGGGGUCGGAGGUCGCGGCGGGGUCCAGAGGUCGCGGGGGGCUCCGGGGUCGCCGGGGGGGUUGCGGCCGGGGGGUCGAGGAGGAGGAGGAGGGGUCGCCGCCGGGGGUCAGAGGUCGUCGUCGCGGCGAUGGGCCCGCCUCCGCGAGGCGGCGUCGCAGAUCAAGCGCCGUUACCACGGCAACGGCGGCAACGGAGGAGGGGGAGGAGGAGGAGGAGGGGGAGGAGGCAACGGCCGCCCCAGGUUGCUGUGGGUGGAUUCUCUCCGGCCCAGCCUGAGAGCGCGGCCGUCGUCCAGAGAUCCUGCCAGGGCCCGCCCCAAGGGACUCAUCGACGGCCUCUCAAAAUUCUUCACGCCCUCACCCGGCCGACGGAGCCACCACCACCACCACCACGGGCACGGCCACCACCUCCACCACCACCUCCACCACCACCACCUCCACCACUCCUCAUCGUCCACCUCCUCCACCUCCUCCUCCACCUCCUCCACCUCCUCGUCGUCAUCAUCAUCGUCAUCAUCGUCAUCAUCGUCGUCAUCGUCAUCAUCGUCAUCAUCGUCAUCAUCGUCAUCGUCGGAGGCUUCUCUUCGUUGCCCCGCGCAGCCGGGCGGGGUUCGGAAAAAGAAGCCCGAGCAUCAGCCGGCCGUCAACAGCAACAACAACAACAACAAAGUCAACAACAACAACAAAGUCAACAACAACAACAAAGUCAACAACAACAACAAAGUUGGAGUCGUCAGCAGCGGCAGCAAAGUGUCGGGGGCGAGUCAGCGGCCUGGAGGGUCGCGUCGCUCGCACGGUGGUUGCUCUGUGGUUGAAGAGGAGGAGGAGGAUGGGGAUGAUGGUCAUCACGAUGGUGGUGACGAUGAUGGUGACGGUGAUGGUGACGGUGAUCUGCGUGGAGGAGUUACGGACGAUGAUGAGCAGCUCUUCCAGACCGCCACUCGCAUCGCCAUGGAGAGAGUUUCGCAGGAAGAGGAGUUUGAUUCUCUCGCCAAUGCGGCCAGUGGUGGUUGUGGUUGUGGUGGUUGUGGCGGUGGUUGUGGCGGUGGUGGUUGUGGUGACGUUACCGCAUCAGCCCGCUAUCCGUCAGCCAUCGUCCUCGGCAAGUUUGAAAUCCGUACCUGGUUCUCAUCGCCGUACCCACGGGAAUACGCCAGGCUCCGUCGCCUCUUUGUGUGCGAGUUCUGCCUGGCCUACAUGCGGAGUCGUCCCGUGCUAGUCCACCACCUCGCUCACUGCGGGUGGGUCCACCCACCGGCCAACGAGAUCUACCGUCAUCGCGGCAUGAGUGUUUACGAGGUUGAUGGCAGGGUGAGCAAACUCUACUGCCAGAACCUGUGCCUCCUGGCGAAACUUUUCCUGGACCACAAGACGCUGCUUUACGAUGUGGAGCCAUUCCUGUUCUACGUCCUCACCAGCAACGACGCUGGAGGAUCUCACAUUGUCGGCUACUUCAGCAAGGAGAAACUGUGUGCUCAGAAAUAUAACGUCUCAUGCAUCAUGAUCCUGCCACAGUACCAGCGGCUCGGAUAUGGACGACUCCUCAUUGAUUUCAGCUAUCUGCUCUCCCGUCGCGAGGGCCAGGCAGGCACUCCCGAAAAGCCGCUGUCCGAGCUCGGCCGCCUGUCCUACGCCUCCUACUGGCGCCACACGCUCCUAGCGGCCAUCGCCGGGCAGCGCGGGGAGGCCCGCGGGGAGGCCCGCGGGGAGGCCCGCGGGGAGGCCCCCGGGGGCCAGGCCCAGCGGCCGCGGAUCUCGCUGCGGGCCCUCAGCAGGGAGACCGGGAUCUGCGCUCACGACAUCGGGCAGACGUUGUGCGAGAUGGGGGCACUGCAGAGGAGGGACGGGCGCAUUGUGAUCGUGAUGCGUCGUCAGAAUCCCCGCACUACCGCCACCACCGCCACCACCACCGGCACCGCCACCACCACCGGCACCGGCGCCACCGCCACCGGCACCACCGCCACCACCGGCGCCACUUUGCCCUGCCCACUCCUGGACCCGGACUCCCUGCGCUGGGCACCGGUCGUCACGGCAACCGGGCACAGCGAUCCGGACGACGACGAUGACGACGAUGGCAACGCUUGCGAUGGCGACGACGAUGACGAUGAAGACGAUGACGAUAACGAUCACGAUCACGACGAUAACGAUCACGAUGACGAGGAGGAGGAGGAGGAUGCGGCGCCGAGCUGCCACCGCAGGAAGCGAGUCUCCCGGAAAGGAUCAUCGUGGGGGGUGGAGCAGGGCCGAGGUGGCCGCAGUCGACCGGCGGCUCCACCGCCUCCUCCGCCACCUCUUCAUCCACCGCCUCAGCCGCCUCCUCCGCCGUCUGCUCCGCUACCGCCCGCUCCACCACCUCCACCUCCUCCACCUCCUCCACCUCCUCCGCCACUGACGAAACCGCGGCUGAUGGCGUCGGGGAAACGCAGAGCCUCGUCCUCCAGCCCAGCCUUGGUCUCUCGCCGACGCUGGACCACGUCGUCCGUCUCCGCCUCCUCGUUCGCCGCGUGCCACCGCGCCGGUGGAGCUCCCGGCGGCAACGUCGGCGUCGGCGGCGUCGUCGUCGGAUGCUCAGGAGCAGGAGGAGGUCCCGGCGGAGCUCUGGGAGGCGGAGGGGCGCGGGGAGAAACCCGCCGGAAGCGUCGCCGCCGUCACAACAGCAGCGGCGUCACCACGGAGACCAUCUCGCAGAAGACGGUGCUGGAGGCGUACGACCUCCGGCAGGAGGACGACGACGACGACGACGAUGAGGAGGAGGAGGAGGAGGAGGACGACGAGGAGGAGGAGGACGAAGAAGAGGAGGAGGACGGUAGACACGUCCCCAGCGGUAGGCGGGAAGGCGGCGGCGGAGGAGGAAGAGGCGGUGGAGGCGGUGGAGGCGGCGGAGGCGGAGGAGGUGGUGGAGGCGGCAGCGGCGGAGACGGAGACCCUGCGAUGCCCCGCCUGGAGCCCAUGUUGGUGGCCGGCAGGAUCUCUGGCGCCGUGGGGCUGGGCGGAGCAGCGGGGGCGACGAGGGUCGACUCGAGCGGCAGCGGCGGCGGGAGGAGGAGGAGGAUGUUGAUGAGGAGCGGGAGCGGCGGCGGCGGCGGCGGCGGCGGCGGAGGCGGAGGAGGUGGAGGAGGAGGAACGCUGCCGGCGGCCGACGGGGGAAAGAGACGGGGAAGGGUGGCAGCGACGGAGGACAUGCCCGUGUUGAUGUUGGAGCCCAGCUCCUCAUCCACCCUCGGUCCAACAUCGCCGGCUCCCCCGGCCGCCGCCACCGCCGCACCCCCUUCCCCGUCGCUCCUCAUGACCCCCCGCAAGCGCGGCUGGCCCAAGGGGGUCAAAAGGGGACCCCCCGCCGUCUCCCGCCGGCGCCGCCGCCGCAGCCACGGGCAACGGAGCGGCGCCAACCCGUCGCGGUCCACCUCCUCGCGGACCGUGGCAGGAGGCGGGGCGGCUGCUGAGAGACGGGAGGAGGAGGAGGAAGAAGAGGAGGAGGAUGAUGAUGCGGAUGAGGAUGAGGAAGAUGAUGAUGAUGAGGAGGAGGAUGACGAGGAGGAGGAGGAAGAGGAGAAGGAGGAGGAGAAGCCGAAGGAGCCCAAUGAGGAGAUAGAGACGGAGGGAUGGAAAGAGCGGCUGGCGGAGAGGGUCCAGGCGAGCUCGAAGGAGAAGCGCAAGGCGGCGGAGAGGGUCCGGGAGGAUGCGAGGAGCGGGAGGGGAGCGGCGGCGGCGGAAGGGCGGGGAGACGGGGCGGCAGAGCGGAGGGCGUCGGCGGAGAGAGGAGCCGUGGAGAAGAUCGGCAGGAAGGGCGGUGCCCCGGUGCCGGUGGUGCCGGUGGUGCCGGCGGCGGCGGCGGCGAGAGACAUGGAGAGGGCACCCGUGGUGGACGAGGAGGAGGAGGAGGAGGGGGGUGAGGAGGAGGAGGAGGAGGAGAGGGACGCGGGUAGAGCUGAGAGGGAUGCGAGGAAAAUCGGGAGAGACGAGGAGAGGGCCGAGAGAGACGCCGCGGCGAGAUCGGACCGAGAGCCGCCGGCGAGAUCGGAUUUAGAGCCGCCGGCGAGAGAUCCGGGGAGAUCGGAUCGGGCCAAAGACCGGGCGCGGGGACCGGGGAGCGACGGGAAGGGCGGCGAGCGGGGCAAGGCGGCGACGGUGGACGGAGAGACGCGGCGGGGAACCGGAGCUCGGGACGGGAGCGUGGAGGGAAAGGCCGAGAGGGGGGGCGCGGAGAGAGCCGGAGGCGGGGACGAGGAGACGAGGAGGAGGAGGAGGAUGAGGAGGAGGAGUAGGGGGAGGAGCCCGGAUCGUCGGGGAGCGGCGAGGCCGGAGGGCGAGGGGCCGGAGGAGGAGGAGGAGCGAGCGGGGGGCGACGAGGAGCACGGCAGGGCGAAGAGGGCCCGGCCGAGGGACGCCGUGGAGACCACGACGGCCACGACGAGGAGGAGGAGGAGGAGGAUGGGGGGAGGAGGAGGAGCGGGGGAGGGAGAGGAGGAGGAGGAGGAGGGGGAGGAGGGGACGGACGCCGAGAGGAGGAGGGCGAAGAGAGCCAGGGGGAGUGACGGAGGCGAAGCAGAGGGGAGGGCCGAGCGGAGGGACGCCGCGGUGGAACCGGGCGCGGAGGGGAGGGGCAAGGAGGGAGAGGAGGAGGGCGUCGGAGACGCGGAGAAGGCGGCGGAGGUGGAGAGGCUGAAGGGGAGGGCCGGGACCUGCGGGGGAGCGGCGGCCCCGACGGCGCGGGAGGCCUCCGGCAGGAAGCGUCGGAGGCAGGCCGGGGACGGGAGGCCGGCCGAGCGGGCGGCCCGGCGGCCUCUGAGCGACGCGAAAUGUCGCGGCGGGCCGGCUGCCGACAACAACGCCGACGCGGCGGCGGCUGCCGCAGGAGGAGACGCAGAGGAGGAGGACGAGGAGGAGGAGGAGGAGCAGGAGGGCGGGGACGGCGGCAGGCCCAGGAGGCAGGGGGUGCUGGCGGCGAUCGCCGCCGCCGCCGCCGGCACCGCCACCGCGGCCGUUGAGAAGCAGCAGCGGCGCAGGAAGGAUAAGCAGCAGCAGCAGCAGCCGGCGGUGACGGCGCCGGUGGUGGCGGGCGACCAAUCUGCGGGAGAGGAGGAGGACGAGGAGGCGACGGUCGGCUCUCAGCCGCCCCACUCGCCUCUCCGUCGUCGUCCUCCUGAGGAGGAGGAGGAGGAGGUGGAGAUGGAGGAGGAGGAUCCGCGGCCACAGGCGCCCGGAGCCGAGUUCGGAGCCCCGGAAGCCGAGUUCGGAGCUCCGGGAACGGAGUUCGGAGCUCCGGGAACGGAGUUCGGAGCUCCGGGAACGGAGUUCGGAGCUCCGGGAACGGAGUUCGGAGCUCCAGGGGCCGGGAACGCCACUGCGGAAUGCCGGGCCCCGGAGGGCCCGACGGCGGAGGACGGGGGCCCCACCGCGGAGGGUCCCAGGGCGGAGGAGGAGAGCCCCACGGCGGAGGGUCCCCAGGUGGAGGUGGCGGCAGAGUUCCGGACCGAGAUGGGAUUUGCCGAAUCCGCGCGGGGCCGUGGCCACGCCGUUCAAUCGGAGUUCACUCCGACCCGCCCCAGCCAAUCGGAGUUCACUCCGACCCGCCCCAGCCAAUCGGAGUUCACUCCGACCCGCCCCAGCCAAUCAGAGUUCACUCCGACCCGCCCCAGCCAAUCGGAGUUCACUCCGACCCGCCCCAGCCAAUCGGAGUUCACUCCGACCCGCCCCAGCCAAUCAGAGUUCACUCCGACCCGCCCCAGCCAAUCGGAGUUCACUCCGACCUGCCCCAGCCAAUCAGAGUUCACUCCGACCCGCCCCAGCCAAUCGGAGUUCACUCCGAACCGCGCCAGCCAAUCAGAGUUCACUCCGACCCGCGCCAGCCAAUCAGAGUUCACACCGACCCAUCCCAGCCACCAAUCGGAGUUCACCCCGACACGCCCCAGCCAAUCGGAGUUCACCCCGACACGCCCCAGCCAAUCGGAGUUCACCCCGACCCGCCCCGGCCAAUCGGAGUUCAAGUACCUGGCGGCGCCGGCUCAGCGGCCCCGCCCCGAGUACCCCUCGCCCCCGUCGGCCGGCCGCCCCGACUGCCAGGCCGGCAACGUCGGCGCCUGCCGAGGCCCUCCCAUCCCCACCGCCGGCGACUACCGCCGGUCCCCGGCGCUGGCCAGGCGGGAGGCCUUCCAGGCGCAGGCCGCCGGCCUGGCGGCGGCCUCGCCGGCGGCCUCGCCGGCGGUGGCCUCGCCGUCUUCGCCGGCGUCGGCGUCGGCGGCGUCGGCGGCCCUGGCGGCCGCGUACGACUACCAGUCCCGCCGGGACUUCGUCCUCCUGCAGGCGCGGGCAGUGGCGGGCUUCUGCGGCGGCGACUCCCGCUCGGGAACGUCGCCCGCCGGGGACUUCCUGCGGGCCCUCGGCAAGGCUCACGACCGCAGCCCCGGCGGAGGCCCCGGACCGCCCGGUGAGCGGCGCAGCCCGCCGGGACACGCGCAGCCCCAGCAGCCCCAGCAGCCGCCCCUCCCGCCACCCGGCGCCGACCGCGGCGACGGCGUGGAGGCGAGCCCCGUCGUGUCGGACGCCUCGCAGCCGGUCGGCGACUCGGGCUUCAGCGACCUGGGCAGCAUGGACAGCACCGGCGCCGGAGACUCGUACGAAGGCUCCGGCUCCGGCGGCGGCGGCGGUUCCUACGACGGUCCAAGCCUCCAGCAGCAGCAGCAGCAGCAGCAGCAGCAGGGAGCGGUCGUCGGUGGCGGCAACGGCGGCAACGGCGGCAACAGCGGCAGCUGCUCCUACGGCCUUGCCCACCACCCGGACGCUGCCGCCGCCUGCAACCUCGUCCAGCUGCGGGCGGCUUCGGCCGCGCAGCAACAGCAGCAGCAGCAGCGGCAGCAGCAGCAGCAGCGAAGCGGCGGGGCUUCCGCCGCUUCGGCCCGGGCAGCCCUACAACAGCAGCAGCAGCAGCAGCAGAGGGUUGGUUCACCAGCUACGUGUGGGCUGAAAGCACAGGGCGGUGGCGGUGGCGGUGGUGGCGGAUACCGGAGAGUGAGCGGCGGCGGCGGCGGUGUUGGCAUCCGCUCCCUCUGCAUGGCCUCAUUCGCUCAGCAGGGGCACAGCGCCGAGCUGCUGGGCCCCAUCCCUCCGUCGCUGGGCUGCUCCACAUCCUCAUCCGCGUCCUUGCAGCAGCUGGCGGCCACCAUGAGCCUCUACGAGCGCCUGGGCCAGGCCGACUACGGCUUCGGGCCCGGCGCGGCCGCCAUGGCCGCCGCCGUACAGGCGGCCGCCGUCCAGAACUCGGCCUCCUUCAGCCUCGCCCGCCUGCAGCAGCUCACCAACGGCCUGGUGGAGCACACCCUGGGGUACGGCGCUUCGCCCCGAGCGCAGCAGCUCAAGGGGCCCGGCGGGGGCGGCGGCGGCGGCGCCGGAGUCUCGGCGGCCACCGGCGGAGCCGGAGGAGGCGGCGGAGGAGGCGGAGGAGGAGGAGGCGGAGGCGGGCCGGGGAGCUUGGCCGCGCCCGGCGGAUCCGGCGGAUCCGGCGGCGGCGACGGCGGCUCGGGGGUCCCGCCGCCGACCCGGCCGCCGGGCGGGCAGCCGCAGCUCUUCAGCUGCACGGCGAUGCAGCAGUCGCGGGCCCUCGGGGCCUCGCCGGGGGCCUCCCAGCGGGCCGUGGGGGCGAUGGGCGGACUCGGCCUGCUGGCCCCCACGGGGGGCGGAGGAGGAGGAGGAGGCGGCUUGGCGGGGGCGGGCGGAGCCCCGAACCCGGCCCACGGAGGGGCUUACGGCCCCGCCGCCAUUCAGUACCGCGUGCACCCGCACGGGCAGCAGCACCCCCCUCACCCGCACGGCCACGGAGGCAGCAGCGGCGGCGGUCACCCCGGGGUGCCCGGGGUGCCCGGGCCGCAGUACCAGGUGGGGCCCCUGGGGAUGAUGGCGCUCUCGCACCAGGAGCAGCACCCGGCGGCGGCGCCGUCGGCGGUGCCGCCCGGCGCCGGGGCGGCCUCGGGGGGCGGCGGCGGAGUGAAUGACGACAUUGAUGACGACAUUGAUGACGGCAUCCAUGUCUAUGGUGACAUUUACGGCGAUGACGUCGAUGACGAUGAUGAUGAAGACAUCGAUGACGUCGAUGGCGAUGACGUCAUCGAUGACGAUGGCUAUGGAUAUUUACAGUGGGUUAGGGGUUAG